CAAUUUAUCACGAUCUUCACAAUGCCGACCUUCGAGGAACACGAUGUUGGCUACGCCGACAACAAAAACAUUCACUACCUCGCCGCUGGUCCAGUCAAUGGACCUCUCCUCAUAUUCGUCCAUGGCUGGCCAGCAAUUGCACUAGCAUGGAAGCCUCAGCUUGAGGCGUUCAGCGCUCUGGGAUUCCGGGCCAUCGCACCGGACAUGCCCGGAUACGGCAAAUCAACAGCUCGCAAAGUCAUCGAGGACUAUUCCCAGCAGAGCAUUCUCGAGGGUCUGCUGGCACUCCUCGCACACACCGGUCGGAGGGAGGCCGUCUGGAUUGGUCAUGACUGGGGUUCUCCGUGUGUUUCAACAGUUGCAGCCCAGCAUCCGGAAGUUGUCAAGGCGCUAGUGAACGUCUGCGUUCCGUAUCGCACACUCGACUUGGGACUGAAAAACAUCCUGAGUCUUGUUAACCGCCAGGUCUAUCCCGAGGACCAAUAUCCCUACGGGCAAUGGGACUACAUGCGCCAUUACGAAGAGGACUUUGAGAAGGCUAUCGCCUGGUACGAGAAGGAUGUCGAGGGAAUCAACAAGGCUUUGUGGCAACCGGGCAAGCCAGUUCAUCCCCCUAAACCCACAUUCACUGCCACAGUCAGAAAGGACGGAGGUUGGUUCGGCGGCAUCCCAAAACCUCCAUCACCGGACCAACUCCCAGCUCCCCUCCUUGAAGGAGACGUCUUUGAUGAGUUCACCAAGUCGAUGAAAAAGACAGGAUACUGGCCGGGAUCAGCCUACUACAUGAAUCACGAGCGUAAUCACGAGUUCAACUCAAAGGCACUAAACGGUGGCAAAUUUGAGAAGCCUGCUUUGCUCAUCCAUGCAGCCUUCGACUACGUUUGCGAGACCAAGACUACCCGACUGGCCGAGCCAAUGCGUCAGGCCUGUAGCAACCUCACCGAAGUUACUGUGCAAGCUGGACAUUGGGUAAACAUGGAAAAGCCGGCUGAGACCAACGCAGCUCUUUCUAGGUUCAUCAUUGAGGAAGUUCCUGAUUACUGGCCUGGGUUUUGGGAAAGCGGGUAUGCGAAGCGCGAAAAGUCGGUGCUAUGA